UUUGAUUUUUGACAUAAGGAUGGCGGUGUUUAAAAGAAAUGGUUGUGUUCCUCCUAUUACUAUCAACCAUUCCAUAAAUUCUCAACGCACUUCAAAUCAUACAAAUAGUAAAUUAUUAAAUGGAAAUGUGAAUCAGCCUUCAAAUGGUUACACUAAAACUGCUCAACAGAGCAAUGGCGUUACGAAAAUGUCUAGAGGGAAAAGUAAUGAGGUGCCAUGGAUGGAUUGGUCAAAGGAAGAGACCUUCUCUGGCUCCUUUGAAAAGACCUCACUGCUCACCGCCGCGCUUACUCACGCUGGCCUCUACAUACUCAUGUUCCUUGGCUUCAUAAACCAAUUGUUCUUCAAACCCAAGGUCGCCACCGAAAGAAACCGAGAGGGAUAUGCGCCAUUGUACAACCCGUUUGAGCAAUUCUUCUCGCGAUACCUGUACCGUCGAGUGAGACACUGCUUCAACCUACCCGUCACAUCGACACCCGCCGCUGAGGUCACGCUAAAGCAACGUGCUACUGAUGAUUACAACUGGACCUUUAGGUUCACCGGGGAGGAAAAGACAUGUAUAAACCUGGGUUCCUACAACUACUUAGGUUUUGCGGAACCGAGCGGCGAAUGUGCUGAUGCCGCUGAAGAGGCUGCAAAACGAUAUGGCCUCGCGCUUGCUUCAUCGCGUGCGGAAUUGGGCACCUGUAACCUGCAUCGCGAGCUUGAGAAGACCACUGCAGAAUUCCUCGGCGUCGAGGACGCGAUUGUGUUCGGGAUGGGUUUCGCGACAAACUCGAUGGGCGUGCCUGGACUGAUCGGGGAAGGGUCGUUAGUGUUAAGUGACGAGAAUAAUCACGCCUCCCUCAUCCUGGGUUUGCGUCUAGCACGGGCCACUGUUCGGGUCUUCAAACACAACGACAUGAAGCAUCUGGAAACACUCGUGCGCCGCGCCAUUGUCGAAGGGAAAUGGAAGCGGAUCGUUGUGGUGGUGGAAGGUGUUUACAGCAUGGAGGGGUCUGUUGUUCCCCUACGCGCAUUAGUAGCGUUAAAGAAGCGUUACGGGCUUUAUCUUUACCUAGACGAGGCGCAUUCAGUUGGGGCUAUGGGCCCGCGCGGCCGUGGCGUCACGGACUACAGCGGAGUGGAUCCGCGGGACAUCGAUAUACUCAUGGGGACAUUCACGAAGAGCUUUGGCGCUGCCGGCGGGUAUAUAGCCGGCUCCCGUCAACUUGUCGACAGUGUGCGUGCACGCGGCCACGGGCACACGUACGCACAUUCUAUGUCGCCGCCCGUAGCGGCACAAGUGGUUGCCGCGAUGCGCGCCAUCGCGUCACCGGCCGGUGCGGCACGCGUCGCGGUACUACGCGAUAACACACGCUACUUCCGCGAAAGGCUACGCUCCUUUGGGGUUAUAACAUUCGGACAUAUUGACUCUCCCGUUGUGCCAAUGUUGGUGUACACGUUUAGCAAGAUGGCGGCCACUGUUGAGAGGUUGCAAGAGCGGCGUGUGGCUACUGUCGGUGUCGGCUUUCCCGCUACGCCGCUGAACAAGGCGCGCAUACGGUUUUGUUUGUCAGCUGCUCACACUCGAGCACAGCUAGACGAAUGCCUCGCAGCAAUAGAAGCCGUUGUGAACGAGAUAGGGCUUCGGUACUCACGCAAAGCCUAGGACCUCGCCCCAAGUGGAUCAGUACUUUAUCCUAGUGUUAAUCUACGUGCUCUAUCACGUGACUCACCAUGUUCAGUUCACAAAAAACCGCGUUAUAAGUCUCGCUGCACUGCAGAAAUCGCGUUAUAUAUGCGGUUUUUUGCCGCAUUAUUAAACCAGUGAUUAAAGUAUUACAGCUUAAAGAAGCGUAGUGUUCUACGUUUUUAGAAGCGCAGUGCGGCCUAUGAGUAAUAUUUACUUGUAUGUCAGUGCGCAUGUCAGAAGUCAGUGCGGCGAUUGACAGUGUUAUCUCUGAUAGUUAAUUAUUGUAUAAGUUAUACGUAAUAAAUUAUUUUCGUAUUA